AUGAACGGUAUUAUCCACAACUGCACCCAUAACGACUCCGAUAGCGUCACGGCCCGCAAGUCGGAGGACCAGAUGUUUAUUUCCAUCUUCAACUACAUUGAGCAUUUGUUUGGCAAGAUCAAGCCCAAACAGCUCUUCUUCAUGGCCAUCGAUGGUGUCGCCCCGCGCGCCAAGAUGAACCAGCAGCGUGCGCGACGUUUCCGAACUGCUCUCGAUACUGAAAAGGCUCGGGAGAAGGCUAUCCGCGAAGGCGUCGAGAUGCCCACCGAGGAAGCUUUUGACAGCAACUGCAUCACACCGGGCACAGCCUUUAUGGCGAAGCUCACACAGCAGCUCAAGUACUUCAUCAACAAGAAGGUCUCCGAGGACAUUGAUUGGCAGGGUGUGGAAGUCGUCCUGUCAGGACACGAGGUCCCCGGAGAGGGCGAGCACAAGGUAAUGGAGUACAUCCGUCAGGCGAAGGCGCAGCCGGGGUACGACCCGAACCGUCGCCACUGCUUGUACGGCCUUGAUGCCGACCUGAUCAUGUUGGGUUUGCUCAGCCAUGACCCCCACUUCAGUUUGUUGCGAGAAGAGGUGACAUUUGGCCGCCAGAGCCAGACCAAGUCCAAAGAGUUGGAGCAUCAGAACUUCUAUCUCAUGCAUCUCUGCAUUGUUCGAGAAUAUCUGGAACUCGAGUUCCAAGAACUGGAAGAGCCUGGCGCUCUUAGCUUUCCAUUUGAUAUGGAGCGUGUCAUUGACGAUUUCAUUCUCAUGGCUUUCUUUGUUGGUAACGAUUUCCUUCCAAACCUUCCGCAUUUGCAUAUUAACGAGGGCGCGUUGGCUCUCAUGUUCAACGUCUACAAGACAGUUCUACCCAAGGGUAAAGGCUACAUCAACGAGGAGGGUGUCAUCAACAUGGAGCGUUUGGCGAUAUUAUUGGAUGAACUCGCAAAUAUCGAAUACCGCCAUUUUGAAUCCGAAAACUCAGACGCCGCCUGGUUCAAGGGAAAGAGCCUUGGAAAAGAAGAUGUAAUGAAGAAGACGGCGAGACGAGGCACAGUUGUUAUGACCACUCAACAGCAGGCUCUGUUCGCACAGGUCAAGAGCUGGCUGAAUGACUACUUGGGGAAGAAAGAGCAGGGUCCUCUUGAUUUUCCCGUCUCUCUCCGAGCAGAGGACCGGAAGUUUGUCCAGGAACUUGCCGAAAAGCUGCGUCUUCCAUGGAAGACUGUUCAGAAUGAAGAUGGCGAUCGUCAUAUCCAGGUCACGGCUCCGCCCAAGCUGGUGGAGGGUGACUCAGAUGAGGAGGAGGACACAGACGACGAGUCCAAGAAAGCGAUUGCACGCAUUGUACAGAAAUACGAACAGGCCAAGGUUGUUGAUGUCUCACCUGAGGACGCUCAAUCGGAAAUGCAGAAGAAGUACGAUGAAAAGUUUGAAGCUUGGAAGAACGACUACUACAAGAGCAAGUUCGAGUGGGAUCGCAGCAACGAAGAGGAGCUCCGCAAGCUAACUGAGAACUAUGUGCAAGGACUACAAUGGGUUCUCUAUUACUACUACCGUGGAGUAGCGUCGUGGCCGUGGUACUACCAAUAUCACUACUCGCCCAUGAUCUCCGACGUUAAGCGGGGUUUGAAGGCAGACAUCAACUUCAAACUGGGCCAACCAUUCAAGCCUUUCCAGCAGUUGAUGGGAGUCUUGCCUGAUCGCAGUAAGAGCAUUGUACCGAAAGCUUACUGGCCUCUUAUGACGAACGAGGACUCGCCCAUCAUCGACUUCUAUCCCCGUGACUUCACGUUGGACAUGAACGGAAAGAAGCAGGAUUGGGAGGCGGUCGUCAAGAUUCCCUUUAUUCAGGAAGACCGUUUGUUGAAGGCCAUGGCUACGAAGGAACAAGAUCUAACACCAGAUGAGAAGGCCCGCAACUCAUUCGGAGUCUCGCUGAAGUUCACCUACGCCAAGGAUCUCGACUUCAUCUACCAAUCAUCCCUGCCUGGUGUGUUCCCGGAUCUACCACAUUGCAAGUGCAUCGAAAACAUCUUCGACCUUCCUACUAUGGACGGACUGGAGUACUACAUUGGUCUUAUGGACGGCGUCAAACUGGGAGCAGAUGCAUUGGCAGGCUUCCCCAGCUUGAAAGUUUUGCCGUUCCAUGGAAAGCUCGAGUUUGCUGGCGUCAACGUGUUCAAUCAAGAUAGUCGGAACGAGAGCAUGGUUAUUACGCUUCUGGAUACCGAGCCGCGACAGCCAGUAUCGCAUGCAAUAGGAAAACUUGGAAAAGCGGUUCAUGUUGGCUACCCAUUCCUCCACGAGGCAAAGGUAGUCAAGGUAUCGGACGAGUUAUUCGACUAUGUCCUUCCUGAGGAUGGUGUAUCUGCGCCUGUUUCUAUUCCCCAUGGCCCACAGGAAAUCUCGAACUGGAAGAAGACGGCGAACCGCAUCGAGAGCCAGUACAGCAAGCGCCUUGGUAUCAACAUUGGCGAAAUCGAGUCACUUGUACAUGUGGAAAUGCUCAAAGGUCUUAGGAAGACUGAUGAAGGCGCCACAAUCAAGGAGUAUGGUGAGGUUGCUGGGCUGCAGGUCGAGUAUGCAACCCAAUCAGUCGUCGAUGAGGUUGUCAGCGCAGACCAACGCUUCCUGGAGAAGGCGGCAUUGCCUAUCGAGGAAGAAUUUCCUGAAGGUGCUCGAGCUUUCUAUCUUGGAGACUACGCCUACGGUCGCCCUCUGCAGGUUAUGGGCCACGCAGACAACAAGGCUACUAUCAUGGUCGCCAAGCUUAAGAAACCCGAGCCAAACUUCGGACGUGAGGUUGUCAGCAUGGCCGAAAGGUCGACACCUUAUGUACCAUCAUAUGUUGUUGCUAGGCAGCUGAACAUGCCGCCCCUAGCCUUGUCCAAGCUCACUUCUUCCUUCAACGUCACCUCCAGCGGUCUCAAGCUCAAUCUAGGCUUGAACCUCAAGUUUGAGGCGAAGAAGCUCAAGGUUCUGGGUUACUCUCGAAAGUCGCCCAACGGAUGGGAAUACAGUCAGAAGGCCAUGGACCUCCUGGCCCAGUACAUGAUCAAGUUCCCUGAGUUCGUUGCUGCCAUCAUCAACAACCCGACAGGCGAUGGCUGGGAAGACACUGACUUCUACCCCGCCGAGAUUGCGAAACAAAAGGUCAAGGAAAUUGGAGCCUGGCUGAAAGAGGUCCAGACCAAGAGCUUUGAGAAAGUACCUUUGGACGCCGAGCAGCUCGACUCUGACACAGUCAAGCUGAUUGAACAGGCGGCGGAUGCAAACUUCCAUCUCACUCAGGAGGUGGAGCCCAAGACUGUCUCAAAGGUGCCGCGUGUGGCUUUGCUCAAGCCUUCAGAUGCAGAGCAGCGCCUAGGACACCAGAACUUCAGCAUUGGCGACCGUAUUGUCUACGUCCAGGACUCUGGAAGGGUACCCAUUGGAUCAUCGGGUACUGUGGUCGGAAAGACACGCACAGCACGUGUCCUGUUGCUGGAUGUUGUUUUUGAUGCGACUUUCAUGAGCGGUACUUCUCUUGGUGAUCGCUGCUCUCCGUUUAGAGGAUCUACUGUGCCGGCAACUGCUGUUCUCAACAUGACGGAUCAGCAAGUCGUCCACUACUCUAGCGCUGCUGCUGCCAGGCGCGCGCAACAACCUCCCCAGUCAUCAUACACCAUACCCCGCUUUGGUGCUCCCGGAGGUCCUCAACUGGUUCCUGCAGGUACGCCACCCCCUCUGCAUGGCUCAUACCGUGGAGCUUUCGGCGGUGCCAACGGACGUGGUGGAGGUAUGGCUCCACGCCAGGCUCCACAAGGACAACAGACGCUACCAAUCCAUGGGGGCCCACCUCGCGGCGGUCGGGGCGGUUUCGCUCCCCGCGGAGGUCAAGCCAACGGCCAUCAAAAUCAGGCUCCCAAUGGGGCUAACCCUCGUGGUACUCUCCGUGGCGGCUCCAAUGACUUUGUACCGCGCGGACGAGGAGGUGGCUUCAAAGGCCGAGGUGGCUUCACCGUCAUCGACAACACCGAUCCUACUGAGGGUGUCGUCCCCAACAACCCCAACUUCCAGCCACGCAACUAUUCAAACGUACCCCCGCCGGCUAACUUGGAUGGUGGACGUGGCAGAGGACGAGGCCGCGGUCGUGGAGGUCGUGGACGAGGAGGGUCCAGGGGCAGUGCGCCAGCUGCUGCACAGUAG